ACAACUGGCUCGCACUCACAAUCAGAGGCUGCGUUCAAUCCGCCGCAGUCAUGGGCGAUGACAAGAAAAGCCUCGUGCAUCCGGGUGAUCUUCUGGCAGCCGUGAGGACAGUCUACGGACCGCAAUGCCGAAUAAUCGACCUGGAGGUAACGCACGGCACCGAAACCGUGCAAGGGUUCUUGUCGUUGAUGCUGAGUGUGAAGGUCAAAGUGAAGACCCACCUGGGUGACUUGAAAGAACUCCAGGUGAUGGUCAAGCGGCGUCCGGUGUUGGCUGCCCACGUGGCCAUGAUCGAGGCCAUGGGCAAUAAUGUCAUGGCCCGCGAGAGUGCCUUUUUCAACACCAUUUUUCCGCUGAUGAAGAAGAACUGCCCCGAUUUGCCCAUCGUCCGCGCCCUGGUGGCUCACGAGGAUGCGAUCAUCAUGGAGGACCUGCGAGCAUCAGGGUUCGCCACCAUCGCCAAGUCAUUGCAGGACAUUGGGAGGAAUAAAAAGCUGACGUUUCCGCUCGCGAGAAUGUGCGUACGGAAGCUGGCGAAAAUCCACGCAUCAUCGGUCAACAUCAAGUGGAGAAAGGUCAUGCCAGCCGACUUCUUUGACACCGACCCACUUCUGGAGGGCAAAGGUUCGGAGCAGUUCAAGGCGUUCUUUAAUUUAACGGUCCAGUCUGUGAUAAUUCCCAUCAUGAAGAAAAUAUAUUUGGACACUCCGUCUGUCGGCUCGUUUGUCGAGUUCAUCGGCAGUCCGGAAUUCUUCAACAACGUCCUCCAAUUUUUCAAGUACGACGAGGAAAACGGACCUAAUGUGAUUCUGCACGGCGACUGCCACUUGAACAACAUGAUGUUCAAAAUGGACAAAGACGGCAAUGCGUGCGACAUACGCUUCAUCGACUUCCAAAUCAUCCGCCACGGGCCGGCCUGCACUGACUUGAUUUACUUCUUGUACGUCAACGCGACGAAGGAGUUCAGGGAGAACCACGAAAUGGACAUUGUUCGCGCAUACGUAGAGGCCUUCAACGCCGAGGUGUGCACCACCCCGGACAUCAUCGACUUUGACAAGUUCUGGAAGAGCUACGAAAGGGCGCGGUACUACGGCGUCGUCAUCGCCAUGGCCAUCAGACCUUUGCAGUUCAUGCCGGCGUUCGAGCCAGCGAGCAACAAGGGUGAGCUCACCGACGAGUUCUUUGCGCAGGCGGAUCAGCUCGACCUAUUUGCAGCGACUGCAAUGGCUGCGUUUGAAACUGACGAAGAAUUCAAACGCGAAGUGACUGAUAUUAUUUCUCAUACUUUGUCAGUGUUGAACAAGUAUGUCUUCUUGUAAUAAAAAUCGCCAUUGAAGUGUUA